AUGGCCUUAUCUAAAGCCCACGCCUUGUCUUUAGAAGACUGCCAUUGUCCUCUUUGUAUGGAAUUCCUAACUGAGCCCGUAACUCUGCCUUGUAACCACACGAUGUGUAAACUAUGCUUUAAAGCACUUCUCCGAAAAGCAUUUUUAUCCUGCCCGUUCUGCCGCACCUGGAAUACUUCAUGGGCUCAGACCCAUACUCAUGUAAACGGUUUUAUCAAUGAGGAACUGUGGGAGAGAAUUCAAGCUCAGUAUCCAGAGGAAUGUAGACAAAGGGUCACUGAGGAUGAACUGCUACCAUUGGUCUUCAGAACUAAUUCGCCAGUUCAAGUGAUAAGUAAUCCCGGGGAAUUGAGGAAAGAAUAUGAAGAGGAGAUGAUAAGGAUGGAGGCUGAGCGCCAGGCCACUGAGGAAAGACAAAAUAGAGCUACACAGGAAUACAUAAGACAAUUACUGGCAAAGGACCUGGAGGAGGAGAAGUUAUGGGCAGAAAAGUACAAACUGAACAAACAACCACAAAGGGAGGAGGAAAAAGCUAAAAAGCACAGUAUAAGUGAUCCAGGCACAUCACCAAGAAAAAAAAAGAGCAAACAAAAACAUUGUGACAAUGUCCCGAAGAUUUCCCCUCUUUGGUCUCAGUUUGAGUCCGUACCGCAGUAUAAAGGUGUGCAAGAUGGCAAGAAAAUAUCUGAAAAAACUGACAGUGAUGGGAAGAGCCCUAUGGCACAAGGAAAUAAAACUAAAGGAAAUUUACCAGCAGCUACUCUGUCAAGAAGUUCGGUGAUUCCAAAACAAGGUACAUUAAGUCCACAUUAUACAUAUUCUUACAACUAUGAUGUGAAAGUGGACAGUUCAGAAGAUGAUGCACCAAAACCAAGCUGUUCCAAACAAAACGUGUAUGUCCCAAUUAAGAAAAUUAAAUCAGAAGCUACUGCUGCUCAGUCUUUUGCCCAAACGGGGAGUGGGAGCACUGGCUCAGGCAUGAGAAAGGAAAUUGGAAACAAGGCAAUUGAGGCAAAAGAUAAAAUGUGUCCGCCUUUGGGCCGUAAACAUACUUCUAAACGAAAGCAUCAGGAAUCUGAUGAAGCCAGUGAGUCUGGCACAUUUCAUGAAAUGCCUCUUACAUACUUCUCGGAUGAAGAGGAAACACAAUUCUUUAUUACCCAAAAGAUGAUUGAUUUGGAGAAUAUGUAUUUUGAGAAGCAUCAACAAGAAGAACAAGAUAGACUAUUUGCGUUGGAGCUUCAAAGAGCACUGGAUGAAGAAGUGAGGGGAAUGUCAGGUGAAAAGCCCCCAUGGGAAUAUUCACAUGACUACAAUGACUUCCCUCCAGCCACCUCAUCAAAAGGAGAUUGGAAAGAUAAGAACAUCUGA